GUUGGAUUGAAAUAUGGCUAGUGAAUCUGGCAGCGCGAUGGACGUGCCGGCACUCGGUCGGCCUUUUGGCCUUGGGAUGCUCUACGACAGCCGCUCUGACUUACUUGUGCCAGGGAUAACACUGUGGAACCAUGACGACCUUCAACAGCACAUAAAACAAAGGCCACAAAACUUCAACAACUUUUCCAUAAGCACCUCUGAAUCAACUGAGGCAAAAUAUUCAUCUCUAGAAAUUAAAGGAUCAGUGAAGUUAAGUGUCAUGGCUGGAACCCUCGAAAUUGCAGGAGCUGCCAAAUAUCUAAACGAUGAAAUGACCUCCACACAACAGGCCAGAGUAACGCUGUCGUAUUUCGCAACCACAGAAAUCCGAGAGCUUUCUAUGGAUCAUCUUGGUGGAGAAAAUUUAAAGCAUUCAGACAUUUUUAGGAAGGAUCUAGCAACGCAUGUGGUCACGGCUAUUCUUUAUGGAGGCCAGGCUUUUUUUGUCUUCGAACGUGAUGUUUCUAAAGAGGAAAACAUUAACGAAGUUCAGGGCGAGUUUAAACUUGCUCUUUCAAAUGUACCAAAAGUUCAAGGAGAGGCUGAAGGAUCUGGUAAAAGGACAAACAAAGAAAUAAAAAGUGCUGAAAAAUUCACCUGCAAGUUUUAUGGAGACUUUGUCCUUAAAGAAACUCCUACAACCUUUCAAGAUGCCAUUCAGGUCUAUCAAAACCUGCCAAAAUUACUGGGAGAAAACGGAGAAAAUGCAGUCCCAACGAAAGUGUGGAUGUUGCCUCUUACGGCGUUUAAUCCUGAAGCUGCUAAACUGGUCAGUGAGAUAAGUGUAGGGUUAGUUCAAGAAGCCCAGCGGCUGCUGGAGGACUUCAAACAGCUGGAAGUCAGGUGCAAUGAUGCACUGAGAGCUAUUGCUGAAAAGUUUCCACAGAUUGGUCAAAAACUGAAGCUCUUCAAAGAAAUGUGCUCAGAGGUCAAGUUGGAAUUUCAAAAGGAGCUGGCAAAGAAACUUCCUUCAAUCCGAGGAGGAAAAGAAACAGAAGCUGGUCUGGCAGAGAUCAUGAGGGAGAUUCAUUCUUCUCCUUUCAACAACAAAAGCUUGAACCAGUGGAUGGACUGGAAAGAGAAAGAAAUCUACAUCCUAAAUGCUUUGAGCAGCAAGAUGAAAAAUACAAAGCUCCUCACGUCUCACAGUCAUAUUUACGAUGACUUGGGGACAGAUCAUACCGCUUGCUAUGUCUUUACUUCACUGGGAAAUGAUGAAACAUUUCUGUCUGAUUUCUUUAAAACCCGAAAACCAAACCCAGAAGAUGAGGCUGAUCAUAAACAAACCUAUGAUAUAGAGAAGCAACAAUGGUUCUCCUCAAGACAGAUAAUAGAAAAUAUGUGGAAAAAAGCAAAACUCUUCAGUGAUUUUGCAGAGGCCAACAAGGGCAACCAGCAGAUUAAUUUCCUGUCAGUUGGCUUAACAGAUGAUAAGCAUGAAGGUUCAACCAUCUACCUCUAUAAAGACGGCUUCCUUGUCAACGAGAACUUUGAGCCUCCUUCAAAGCCUGAAACCCUGACAUCAGCUGACAUUACCUCCAGCAGUGUGACUCUAAAGGUUUCUCCUCCCAAGUUUGGAGCAGAGAGCAUCACCUCCUACUCUGUGGAGGUCUGUGUCUGUGGAGAGAAUGAAUGGAAGCAGAUAAAUGGACCAAAAGAAGGAGAAGUCAAAGUUGAAGACCUGAAGCCAAACACAGAGUACGUGUUCAGAUGCAGAGCAGUGACCUCAGCUGGGGUUGGACCGGCCUACGAAGUCAGGGACCCAAUCAGAACUUCAUCUAGCCCAGUGGUUCCCAAAGAUUUCAUUCUGGGCCCCCCUUUUGGUUUCGGUAAAAUUGACAGGCCAUUUAGGGGGCGCGCCCCACACUUUGGGAACCACUGA